CAAAAUAUUGAAACUACUGUCCCUCAACUUGAAAUUAGCGAUACCAAACUGAGCAUGAACCCCGUAAAACAUGAAAACAUUUACAAUGUUUUAUUCAAUGAGUUAUCCCAAAUUGGCACUGGCGGUUUUGGCACCGUAUUUAAAGCACGUCAUAAAUUUGAUGAUGAGAUAUAUGCCGUGAAAAGGAUCGAAAUAAUGGAUAUCUCUGACGAGCACCAAGCUAAAAUGUGUAACGAACUAAAAAGUCUGGUGAAAGUGCGAUCGGAAUAUGUGGUCCAAUACUACAACUCGUGGUCCGACGGCACACAUCUCUACAUUCAGAUGGAGUACUGUUCGCAAAGCCUGCGAAAUAUUCUGCAAAUCAAACCGCAAGUAUUUGGCCGUCAAUUAGGAGAUCCCAUGAAUGCCUACGAGUACUUCAUAUCGUGUGAAAUAUUCCGUGAACUCUUACAAUGCGUUCAGUAUUUGCAUGAAUUGAGUCCACAGAUAAUUCACCGGGAUCUCAAACCCGAAAACAUCCUGAUUAGUUACGAUCCGAAACAAUCGAUUCGUUAA